AAAGCGCGCGGCACGAUGGCGCAGAUUUACGCCUGUUCGGUUUUGCCUUCCAAAAAGUCGUCCAUGGACCCCGUUGGUUCCGCUGAGUCCACUUCAGGUGAUGCACGGAGCCGGACCGCUGAGAAGACGCCAGACGCCGUGGCGCUGCGUAAACUCGCCGCUCAUCCGCCGACAGCGGUCAUGGUGAAAGAGGCCCUCACUGCUCUCGACUCCCGCAAAGGCGCUUCUUCUCAAGCCAUCCAGAGCUACAUCAAACAGUCGUAUCCCUCUGUGGACGUGGUGAGGCUGAAGCACUUGGUCCGCAACGCGCUGAAAAAAGGAAUGGAGAGCGGCACGUUGGUGAGGCCAGCCAACGCCGCCGCCGCCACCACAGGCGCGCAGGGCAAAUUUAAACUGGCUCCAAAAGUCAAGGAGUUAAAGCCAAAAGCUGAAAAUGUGGACCCAAAUGUGCAGAAAGCUGUUAAAGCGGCAAAGGAUGGAACGAAGACCAAAAAAACAGGGGCCACUGCCAAGACCUCUGCAAAUGGGGAGAAAAAGGCCUCAAAGGAACCGAAGCCUCCCAAAAAGUCAAAGAAAGAUGAAAAUGUUCCUCCAAAGGCUGCUGCUCCAGCAAAGAAGCCAAAAGCUAAGAAAGUUGAAUCUAAAGAGCCUGAAGAAAGCUCCACUUCAACUGCAACUGAAGUGGCAAAGUCGACCAAAAGGACAACAAAAGUAUCCCAGAGGGUGGCCAAGGCUGAUGGUGAGGCCCCCGCUUCUAAAAGAACUGGCAAAAGAGGGAAAAAGGAAUAAGAUUUAAAUUCUGUUUUUAGCAAAAGCCUCAUCUUUUAGAAUGGAUUUGCAUUCAGAUCUUUGCCUUAAGAAUGUCUGUCUAUUCUUUUCAGAGCAUUUGCAACUUAAAUGCAAACAUUUGAACAUUUUUUAAUUUGCUGUUGUGAAUUUGUUUAACAAUAAAAUCUUCUUGAAUCUCA